AUGGGAGAGAGGCGGGAGAGGGCCGCGGGGGCCAGGCCGGUCGGCUCUGCGUGCCGGCAGUCCGGCUCCUCGGCGACACCGUCACUGCUCCUGCCUCCUCCUCGUCCUCCACGGGGCGGCAAGUGCAGCUUGGACCUCGGUGGCCUGACAGCUGCUGCUCGCGCCCGCCGCUGCCGCCGCGCAGCGUCUCGCGCCCGCGCCCGCCAGGGGAGGGGGCGGGGCCCGCGCCGCCUCCUGCUGCCCCUUUCUCGGCGCCGAGGACCCAGGGCGAGCGACUCCAACAUAGCUGAGCCGUGGUCUUCCCACACUUCGGAAGAGAUCUUGGACACUGAGAAGCGCAAAGAAGCCGAGUCCAAGAGCCCAGGGCAGAAGACGCCGAAGCAGAAGACUCAGAAGCAGAAGACGUCGAAGCAGAAGACACACGUGCGCCGCCAACGACGCCGCCGCCGCCCAGCAGACGACUUCGCCAGUUUCGCCACUUACUUCCGCAGGGUGCUGAAGUGGGUGCACACAGGCCUGAGCCUCUCGCAGGAGGCCGUGAACUUCAUGGAUUCGUUCGUUAAGGACAUCUUCGAGCGCGUCGCCAGCGAGGCCGCGCGCCUGGCCCGCUCCAACAAGCGCGUCACCAUCACCUCCAGAGAGAUCCACACCUCAGUGUGCCUGCUGCUGCCUGGGGAGAUCGGCAAGUUUGCCGUGUCGGAGGGCACCAAGGCUGUCAUCAGGUACACCAUGUGCGAAUGA